UGACAGUCGGAGGCAUGUUGUUUGGCUGACGGUGGAGUUAGCAUUAGCAUUAGCAUUAGCAUUAGCACAGUUAGCUCGUCAAGACGAGGAUGUUUCUCCCGGCCGGAGGAGGAUGACAAUGACGACAUGGCGAACUCUGUCGCUCUUUCUACUGUUGGCGAGCUGCUAUGUGGCCUGCACAGAGCUGGACCACGUGCCUCCACAGGACAGCGGUGUGGUGGAAGAGACAGGAGAACAUCAGCACCAGGAGGAUGAGGACUUGGGCGUGCUCCCCUCGUCCUUGUCUACCAAGGAGCUGGCAACAGGUGACCAUGAAGAGAAGGAGCAGACUCUUUCACAGGCCUUGGGUCCAGAGUCCAAAGUAGAUGUGGUGUCAGAAGUCAACAAUGGAACUUCGCAUGCAGAAACUGAACAUGAGCAAAGCUCAGAAGAGAGCAACCUUGCUCAAGAUCCAGAAUCUUCUGCUUCAGUGUUUGGAUCCACUGCUGAGGAACAGGACAGUCCUGGUGAGGACAGCACAGGCAGUGUUUCACAUGGUGAAGGUCACCUUGACUCCGCCUCGUCUCCAGCUGACUGUGAAGAAGAGUCGAACCCCUUUGAUAAUGACAGACUUCCUCCCCUCAUUCUGGAGAACAUGUCCAACGCUCACACAACCGGCACCAAAAGUCACACGGACCCUUCUCCAGGUGCUCAGCACCAGGAUGGGAACAUGUCUCACUCUCUGAAGGAGGAAGACCUCAGUGCAGUGGACACAGACCUCAGUGGGACCAGCAAGGACCCGGAGGAAAUUCCCACAUUCGAUGAGUGGAAGCGGAAAGUGAUGGAGGUGGAGAAAGAAAAAACUCAGUCUACACACACAUCUACUAACGGGGGCUCCAGUGUGGUGAAGAAGGUCCAAAAGAAUUUCAACAAUUACGCUUCUGUGGAGUGUGGGGCAAAGAUCCUGGGUGCUAACCCAGAAGCUAAGAGCACGUCGGCCAUACUGAAGGAGAACAUGGACUUGUACAUGCUAAAUCCCUGCAGUAAUAAGAUCUGGUUCAUCAUUGAGCUGUGUGAGCGCAUUCAGGUGAAGCAGUUAGACAUGGCCAACUUUGAACUCUUCUCCUCCACACCCAAGGACUUCCUGCUCUCCAUCAGUGAUCGGUACCCCACCAACAAAUGGCUCAAGUUGGGAACCUUCCAUGGCCGUGAUGAACGCAUCGUGCAAAGCUUCCCACUGGAUGAGCAUCUUUAUGCCAAAUAUGUCAAGGUGGAGCUGCUCUCUCACUUUGGAUCAGAACAUUUCUGUCCUCUCAGUCUCAUUAGAGUGUUUGGCACCAGCAUGGUGGAAGAGUAUGAUGAAAUAGCUGAGCCUCACGUAAGAGCAGAAGACCAGGAUGAUGACUUGGACUACCCUUCUGGAUAUGGACCUGGUGAAGUCAAACAUUCCAAGAAUAUCAUUGGCUCAGCCAAGGAUGUCAUUCUGAACAUGGUCACUAAUAUUGCUGUCAAUGUUCUCGGGGGCAACCCAGAGAUGCAAGGAAACAUUUCAUCCCAGGAUGGAAGUCAUGUGAUCACUCCAACUCCCACCACAGACCCAACUACUGUUCCUGAGUUGGAGGAGGCAGCCAUGUCUCCAGAUGUGGUCAUCACUGAACCUUCAGCUCCACACCUUCUUCCUGACAAUAUGAGUCAACAUCUGCAGGAGCAGAUUGUCAUCCCUUUAGAGUCGGAGGAAGAGGAGUCCAUCAUCUCCACAAUAACCCUUCUGGAGAAAGAGGAGGAGUUGGAUGAAGAGCGGGAGGAAUAUGUCUCUUGUUGCUGUGCAGACUCCCUCCAGGAGUAUCUGCAGCAGCAGUGUUUGCUGCUCCUCUGCAGGACAAGUACACUGCCCUCUGAAGCCAAACAUCAGCCCCGUGAAGAAGAAGAAGAAGAAGAAGCUCCUGCCAGGGAGCCAGGAAGUGGAGCCAGCCUGCCUCCAGAGAAGACCGUCACAGAAUCUCAUGACCACUCUGUGACCCAGCUGGAGCCCAGCCUCAGUGUGCUAGAAACACCUUGUGUCAGCUCAGAAGAAGGCCAGGACAUUGUUCCACUGCCUCUCAGCACCACAGUGGCACCAGUACAAGUCACUUCUGAGCCCACCAUGAAGGACAUGGCUGAACAGGAUCAUCUUGUCCAGCCAGAAGAUGUUCCUGACACUGAGCCUCCACACACACUCCCAGACGUCACAGACUUCAGAAGCCAGGACCUCACAGAAGACUUCUCUUCCACCAACCUCUCGGACAUGUACGCCGAGCCUCCUAACGGCACGGAGCAGAACCUGCUGCACGGCUCCAGCCAGAAGGAGUCUGUGUUCAUGCGACUCAACAACCGCAUCAAGGCCCUGGAGACCAACAUGUCCCUCAGCGGACGCUACCUGGAGCAGCUCAGCCAGAGAUAUCGUAAGCAGAUGGAGGAGAUGCAGAAGGCCUUCAACCAAACCAUCAUCAAACUGCAGAACACUUCCAGAAUCGCAGAGGAGCAGGACCAGCGUCAGACUGAGUCCAUCCACUUGCUGCAAGGCCAGCUGGAGAACAUGACUCACAUGGUUGUCAACCUGUCCGUCACACUCAGCCAGCUGCAGAACCAGGUGUGUGCCAGGGAGAAGUACCUUGUAGUGUGUGUGCUGCUGGCUGUGUGCGUCACCUUGCUGCUGUGUGCCAAGCGCUGCAUCGCCAUCACUCCUCCUGCAGGACCACAGUUGCCCACGGCAACCAGCUACACCUACUGUUGUCCUGACAGGCACUUGACUCCCUGUCAUGACUCCGCCCUCAAGAGGAGCGCCUCCUAUCCACUCAUCAACUCCUCACAGUCACACACCAUUAAAGGUGUGGAGAGUCUCCAAGCUGAGGAGAGUCCAGCUAACAGGAAGAAGAGGCGGCAUAAGAUGAAAUCCAUUGAGGAAGUGGAGACUCUGACUUCCUGUCUGGCUGUUCCUCCCCCGUGCUACGGAGCUGCUUUAUGUAACGGUGUGCCCGCCACCACCGUGACCAAGAGACCGUCCUCCAGAGACUGUCCGUCCGAGGCCAGCUCGGAGACGUCGUCCCAUUCAGACGAUCCGUCCUUCUGCGGAAUCACCACAGCUUGUUCCCGCAUCUGCCACGGGCUGAACCCGCCCAAGACUCGGGCAGAGAGACGGGCGUUAAGACGCAGGCGUCCCAAGCCCACCUGCGCGGUAGUGGACUUCCUUCAGGCCCCGCGUGGGAACAAGACCAAAACCUUCUCCAUCUCGGCCACGCAGGACAUGAUGAACAGGAGGAAGUCAGAACCCAGUCCUGGGACCUUUGGCCUGAAUAUUCCCCGCUCAGGACCCAUCUGACAUGAAGAGUCUGCGGGUACUAGUCUUCUCCCUAAAAGUCUGACAUGAAGUGUCCAUGGUCUGUAGGUACCACUCUUCUCCCUAAAAGUCUGACACGAAGAGUCUGCGGGUACUAGUCUUCUCCCUAAAAGUCUGACAUGAAGUGUCCAUGGUCUGUAGGUACCACUCUUCUCCCUAAAAGUCUGACAUGAACAGUCUGCAGGUACUAGUCUUCUCUCUAAAAGUCUGACAUGAAGAGUGUCCAUGGUCUGCAGGUACGACCCUUCUCUCUAAAAGUCUGACAUGAAGAGUGUCCAUGGUCUGUAGGUACGACUCUUCUCUCUAAAAGUCUGACAUGAAGAGUGUCCAUGGUCUGUAGGUACAACUCUUCUCUCUAAAAGUCUGACAUGAAGAGUGUCCAUGGUCUGUAGGUACGACCCUUCUCUCUAAAAGUCUGACAUGAAGAGUGUCCAUGGUCUGCAGGUACUAGUCUUCUCUCUAAAAGUCUGAGAUGAAGUGCCCAUGGUCUGUAGGUACCACUCUUCUCCCUAAAAGUCUGACAUGAAGAGUGUUCAUGGUCUGUAGGUACGACUCUUCUCUCUAAAAGUCUGACAUGAAGAGUGUCCAUGGUCUGUAGGUACGACUAUUCUCUCUAAAAGUCUGACAUGAAGAGUGUCCAUGGUCUGUAGGUACGACCCUUCUCUCUAAAAGUCUGACAUGAAGAGUGUCCAUGGUCUGUAGGUACGACUCUUCUCUCUAAAAGUCUGACAUGAAGAGUGUCCAUGGUCUGUAGGUACGACUCUUCUCUCUAAAAGUCUGACAUGAAGAGUGUCCAUGGUCUGUAGGUACGACUCUUCUCUCUAAAAGUCUGACAUGAAGAGUGUCCAUGGUCUGUAGGUACGACUAUUCUCUCUAAAAGUCUGACAUGAAGAGUGUCCAUGGUCUGUAGGUACGACCCUUCUCUCUAAAAGUCUGACAUGAAGAGUGUCCAUGGUCUGUAGGUACGACUCUUCUCUCUAAAAGUCUGACAUGAAGAGUGUCCAUGGUCUGUAGGUACCACUCUUCUCCCUAAAAGUCUGACAUGAAGAGGCUGCAGGUACUAGUCUUCUCUCUAAAAGUCUGACAUGAAGAGUGUCCAUGGUCUGCAGGUACUAGUCUUCUCUCUAAAAGUCUGACAUGAAGUGUCCAUGGUCUGUAGGUACCACUCUUCUCCCUAAAAGUCUGACAUGAACAGUCUGCAGGUACUAGUCUUCUCUCUAAAAGUCUGACAUGAAGAGUGUUCAUGGUCUGUAGGUACGACUCUUCUCUCUAAAAGUCUGACAUGAAGAGUGUCCAUGGUCUGUAGGUACAACUCUUCUCUCUAAAAGUCUGACAUGAAGAGUGUCCAUGGUCUGUAGGUUCUACUCUUCUCUCUAAAAGAUGUGCUGGUUGUUGCCCUUGUAAGACAUUUCAUGUCAUGUCUUUGCAUAUUAAAACUUGACCAUUGUUGGGACAAAAAGUGACUGGCUCUUCAAAAUGUAACAUCAAAAAUAGCCUUGUCCUUAUCAGCUGAUAUAAGAGUUGUUGGUGCGAUACUUUAUGACACUUUACACUAGGGCUGUAGCGAUACACUAAUCUCACGAUACGAUACAAUAUUCGAUAUUCAGCUCACAAUAUGAUAUAUAU